CAAGAAAUUAGAGAAGAUUCUCCUCUCCACUUAUGAUGGCUUAUAUAAGAUGAUGACCCCAAAACAAUCAACAUGCAGCAGCAGUAAUAUUGCUCUCACCACCCAUUUCAUUUGCAUUUCUUUCUUUGCCCAUUUCCUUUUAUUUCGUUUCUUCGAAUUUAGUUUGUGCAUAUCUUUUGUUUCUAUCUCAAAGGCUCAACAAAAAGAGAUGGAUGUUUCUCGGCCAGCUUUCAAAUGUUUCGAUGACGAUGGUCGACUUAAAAGAUCAGGGACGGUUUGGACCGCGAGUGCUCAUAUAAUAACAGCUGUAAUAGGAUCUGGUGUUCUAUCGUUGGCAUGGGCCAUAGGUCAACUCGGUUGGAUCGCUGGUCCUGCAGUGAUGUUCUUGUUCUCUUUUGUCACUUACUUCUCAUCGACUCUUCUCAGUGACUGCUACAGAACCGGAGAUCCUGUCUCCGGAAAGAGAAACUAUACUUACAUGGAUGCUGUCCAGUCAAUCCUCGGUGGGUUUAGGUUCAAGAUUUGUGGUCUGAUUCAGUUCUUGAAUCUUUUUGGUAUCACAAUCGGGUACACAAUCGCAGCAUCUAUAAGCAUGAUGGCGAUUAAGAGAUCGAACUGCUUUCACGAGAGCGGAGGGAAGAACCCAUGUCACAUGUCAAGCAACCCCUACAUGAUCAUGUUUGGUGUUACAGAGAUCUUGCUCUCUCAGAUCAAAGAUUUUGACCAGAUUUGGUGGCUCUCCUUAGUAGCUGCCAUCAUGUCCUUCACAUAUUCUGCGAUAGGUUUAGCUCUCGGAAUCAUACAGGUUGCAGCAAAUGGAGUAUUCAAGGGAAGUCUCACUGGAAUAAGCAUAGGAACAGUAACUCAGGCACAGAAGAUAUGGAGAACAUUCCAAGCCCUUGGAGACAUUGCCUUUGCUUAUUCGUACUCUGUUGUCCUAAUCGAGAUUCAAGACACUGUCAGAUCUCCACCAGCUGAAUCAAAAACGAUGAAGCAAGCCACAAGAAUAAGCAUAGCCGUCACGACGACGUUUUACAUGCUAUGUGGUUGCAUGGGCUACGCUGCUUUUGGUGACGCAGCACCUGGAAACCUCUUAACCGGUUUCGGUUUCUACAACCCGUUUUGGCUCCUCGACGUGGCCAACGUCGCCAUUGUUAUCCACCUUGUAGGAGCUUACCAAGUCUUUGCUCAGCCCAUCUUCGCGUUUGUGGAUAAACAAGCCGCGGCUAGGUUUCCUGAUAGUGACUUGGUAAGCAAGGAAUAUGAAAUCAGGAUCCCUGGAGUUAGGGCACCGUAUAAGGUCAACGUUUUCAGAGCAGUGUUCCGGUCUUGUUUUGUGGUUUUGACCACAGUGAUAUCGAUGCUUAUGCCGUUCUUUAACGACGUCGUGGGGAUCUUGGGAGCGUUAGGAUUUUGGCCUUUGACGGUUUAUUUUCCGGUUGAGAUGUAUAUAAAACAGAGGAAAGUUGAGAGAUGGAGUAUGAAGUGGGUUUGUUUGAAAAUGUUGAGCGGUGGUUGUUUAGUGAUUACGGUGGUCGCCGGAGUUGGAUCAGUCGCCGGAGUGAUGCUUGACCUUAAGGUUUACAAACCUUUCAAGACUACUUAUUAAACAAAAACCAUGAUGAUGAAGAAAAUUGAAGGCGUUGGAGGAAAGAAACAAAAUGAUAUACAAAAUUUCAAUGGCUAAAAUUGAUAAUAUUUCAUUUGACGAAAUAUGAAUAAAGCUUCUUCAUUUUCCUAUGAUUUUAUCUUGCUGUGAUUCAUAGUAUUCAUCAUGUAUUGUGAAUUUAUAAUCGAUGUGUUGUUUACUGGAAGUUCUUUUUAAAAUAAAUUUAGUUUUUUUUUUGUUAAACCAUA